AUGCAGUCAUGUUCAUCUAAGUUGGCCAGUGCUUUAAAGUGUAAAAACUCAUUGUGCGACAGGUAUUUUGCAAACAAGUCUAUAAAGGGACAUUAAGAUUAUUUUAGAAUCUUACAACACUAUUAUGCACUCUUCUAUUAUUCUAUUAUUCUUUAGAAGUCGUACUGACAUGGAAUUUAAAUAUAUGCUACACGACUCUCAUUUUACAAUCGAAGGUAAUGCGGUAAAAGAUUUUGGAAUUGUCUAUGACAGUGAUCUAAAUUUUCGUUCCCAUAUAGAUGUAUCAUGCUGUACAGCUUUAAAAGUUCUUGGAUUUCUUAAGUUGGUUUACAACAAAUUUAAGUUGAUAACUCUGCUAAAAGCAUUAUAUUGUGCGCUUGUAAGAUCUAUUUUAGAAUUUGUUUUUAUUAUAUGGGAUCCUGCUAAGGAUAUCAACUAA